UUCAAAAACCUUGGCGGCAGUUUUGCGAAGAGUUGAGCUUUUUACUUGUUUGUAGACUAGGAUUAGGCUUUAUAAUUGUCAUUUCCAGCAUUUAGGUGUUUGUCUGAUAGUUAUUGUGAAGAUUAUUUUAGGAAAUAAUGCAGCGGGAAAGGCAAGAAGAAACUGAACAUGACGACGUCAUGGAAGAAAACGCGGGACCCUUGCUUAUCAACAAACUCGAGGAGCAUGGAAUUAGUGCCAAUGAUGUUAAAAAGCUGCAAGAAGCUGGAUUUCACACCAUUGAGGCAGUGGCCUACACACCGAAAAAAGCCCUUCUUGCUAUCAAAGGUAUCAGUGAGGCUAAAGCUGAUAAACUUCUCAAUGAAGCCUCCAAGCUGGUGCCGAUGGGAUUUACAACUGCCACAGAAUUUCACCAGCGGAGAUCAGAAUUAGUCAUGAUUACUACAGGGUCAAAAGAGUUGGACAAGCUUAUGCAAGGUGGUAUUGAAACUGGAAGCAUCACGGAAAUGUUUGGAGAAUUUCGUACUGGAAAAACCCAACUGUGUCACACAAUAGCAGUAACAUGUCAGCUUCCCAUCGAUCACGGUGGGGCAGAGGGCAAAUGUCUCUACAUUGACACAGAAGGCACAUUUCGACCUGAAAGAUUGGUUGCUGUCGCUGAAAGAUAUGGGCUUUCGGGACAAAGUGUUCUUGACAAUGUGGCCUAUGCAAGAGCCUACAACUCAGAUCAUCAGUCUCAGCUUCUAUUACAUGCAUCUGCUAUGAUGGCUGAAUCAAGAUAUGCUCUCAUGAUUGUUGACAGUGCCACAGCUUUGUAUCGUACAGACUACUCUGGUCGUGGAGAACUGUCUGCUCGGCAGAUGCACUUGGCAAGGUUCCUAAGAACACUACUAAAACUUGCAGAUGAGUUUGGUGUGGCUGUAGUUAUCACAAACCAAGUUGUAGCACAGGUGGAUGGUGCUUCCAUGUUCCAAGCAGAUCCCAAAAAACCAAUUGGUGGAAACAUCAUGGCACAUGCAUCAACAACAAGAUUGUACCUCAGGAAGGGAAGAGGAGAGACCAGAAUUUGUAAGAUAUAUGACUCGCCAUGUUUACCUGAGGCUGAAGCCAUGUUUGCUAUUAAUGCAGAUGGCAUUGGAGAUGCUAAGGACUAAAAGCUGGAAAGACAAAAUGUGUUGG